AUGGAUCCAAAAGAAGACGAAGUUGCACAAGAAGCACCAAUGGAUGUUGAAGAAUCUUCAUCUGGUCAAGCUGUCAAAAAACGUUUUGAGGUGAGGAAAACUGAAAAGUAUUUUUUUUGGAAACAGCGUCCUAAAACUGAUAGUUUAUUGAUUUUUGUAAAAGUGAUUGUUUUGUUUUGAAAAAUAUAUAGCUUUUAAUUAUCAAGUUAUCGAUUUCCCAAUAGCUCUCUGUAAAAUCAAUAUUUUCUAUCUCAUGAAGAAAGUGCAUGAGAACCCGGAGUAAACUCUAAAUGAAAUCGAGGAGAAAACUUAUUAUAAACUUCCGAAUGUGGUCAACAGCAUCUUCUGUAAAAAUUUUACCCAAACUUGAAAACUUGAUUUACGAAAUAAAUUUUCAGGUGAAAAAAUGGAGUGCUGUGGCUUUGUGGGCUUGGGAUAUUCAAGUAGACAAUUGUGCAAUUUGCCGGAAUCACAUUAUGGAUUUGUGUAUUGAAUGUCAAGCUAAUCAGGUGAAUGACUAAUUCCAUAUUUUUAUUUGACCAGAUGUAUUUAUAAAAUAUUUGCAUGAUCAACAUAACAAUUGAAUAUUUUGCAGGCUUCCGGAUUGAAAGACGAAUGCACAGUUGCGUGGGGAAACUGCAAUCACGCAUUCCAUUUCCAUUGCAUUUCUCGCUGGUUGAAAACUCGUCAAGUUUGCCCAUUGGACAACAGAGAAUGGGAAUUCCAAAAAUACGGUCACUAA